AUGGGCAAGGUCCAACCGAGAAAGCGCAACAACGCUUCUGCCGGGUCGCCGUAUACGAAAAACCUGCCGAGCGGGUCGCUGAAGAAGAAUCCCAUCUUCAAAUUCAACACCGACAUUGGCCAGCAUAUUCUUAAGAAUCCCGGAAUUGCAGACGCCAUCGUCGACAAGGCGAAUAUCAAAGAACAUGAAGUCGUUGCAGAUAAGUUGACUAUUCUAUAUAUGUGCGUCGGUCCUGGAACGGGUGUUUUGACACGUCGAAUUCUGGCAAAGGCCAAGGCUUGCACGGCCAUUGAAUUGGAUCCUCGCAUGGCUGCAGAGCUCACCAAGAUGGUGCAAGGAACGCCUAUGCAGAGGAAGUUGAAGAUUAUUCUGGGCGAUUUUAUCAAAGUCGAUCUGAAGGAGAUUGGCCACUUUGAUGUUUUCAUCUCGAAUACCCCGUAUCAAAUUUCUUCGCCGCUUGUAUUCAAGUUGCUCGCUAUGCCGCGUCCUCCGCGUGUUUCGAUAUUGAUGGUUCAGCGUGAAUUCGCGCAGCGGUUGAUUGCUAGGCCUGGUGAUGCCAUGUAUAGUCGUUUAAGCGUGAAUGCACAAUUCCACGCUGUAUGCAGUCAUAUUCUCAAGGUCGGCAAAAACAACUUCUCGCCACCCCCUCAAGUCGAGUCUAGCGUCGUCAGAAUCGAGCCUAGGCCCGAUCGACCCGACAUCUCAUGGGAGGAACUCGAUGGCAUGCUACGCAUCUGCUUCAAUCGGAAAAACAAGACCCUCCGCUCCAGUUUCUUCAUAAAACAAGUCCGCGAACUCAUCGAGCGGAACUGGGUGACAUGGGCGUCCAUGUUCCCGGAACAAGUGAAAAAGGAAGAUACAGAUUUCUUACAGGGCCAUGGCGACGCUUCGUUACCACUGCCGGAGUCUACCAUGGAAAUUGACGACGAAGACGACAAUAAUCUUAUAGAUAAUAAUGGAGCAGACGAGAACAACGAAGACGACACGAUGCAAGACAUGCAAGACCUGAUAUUUGGACGUAGCGAUAACCAAUCAAAGCUACCGAAGAAGGACGCGCCCAAACUGUCCGGCAAGAUGAUCUCGGUGAAUGGCAUCAAUGUCGACAGAGCACGAUUGGUGCAACUUAUUCAGGUCAAGAUCCAGCGUGCGCUGGACAAGUUUGGGCUUGCAGAGAAGCGGAGCCAGAAAUGUGAUGAGACUGCGUUUUUGCAGUUGUUGCAUGCGUUUAAUCAGGAGGGGAUACGGUUUUCGUGA